AUGGAUCGGCAAUCAAGCAGCACCAGGAGGAUGGAGCGACCCUUCCGAUUCCUGCCGGAAGAAGUGAAAGAGAUGGAGGAGCGCCUGUUCCCCGUCACCAGUUGCAGGCUGGAUCACAUCCUCAUGGAUGAGCUCGCUGUGAAAUUUAGCUACUUCCGGGGCCUUGCUGGCAUGACUCCCGUCAAGUCAAAGCAGGUGCUCAACUGGUUUCAUAACAAUCGUAACAAGCAUUGCCCCAAGAUAGCCAGGGAAGCACAUGCUCCGGGAAUAAUUAUAUCAAUGAUCACACCAAGUAUGAAGCUAAGUCAGCUAGAGAUGGCGCUUGGUUCGAUGUCCAAGACUUCAUGGCUCAAAGGUUUUGCGAAUCAGGGAGGAAACCCUGGGGCUAAACGCAGUAAGUUAGUCUGUGAUAUAGGUUGCUUUGGUACUCGUGUUACACUCAGAUAG